UGUGAAUCAAGUUAUUGAUAAUAAUAAUAAUAAUACUGUAAUAAGCGUUGAAUAACCUUAUUGUCAAUGAAAUAGUUGUCUAUGAAUUGAUCCAAUUGUGGUGACAGUAAGUGAUGGAUCGUAAUAAUCGUUUCAAUAGAGCAGAGAUGAGUUCAUAUCGCGACCAACAGUUCAAAGGCAGUCGUGAAGAUCAGGAAGAGUUGUUGAAAAAGUCUUUGACGCUAUACGUCGGAAAUCUGUCGUUUUAUACGAGAGAAGAACAGAUCUAUGAGCUGUUUAGCAAAUGCGGACAAAUAGCGCGACUCAUAGUUGGUUUGGACCGAAAUUACAAGACUCCGUGCGGUUUCUGUUUUGUCGAGUAUUAUAACCGAGAAGAUGCCGCAAAUGCCAUCAGAUAUGUCAACGGCACACGUCUUGAUGACCGCAUUAUACGUACCGAUUGGGACACUGGCUUUAUUGAAGGCCGACAGUAUGGUCGCGGAAAAAGUGGAGGACAAGUGCGCGAUGAAUACAGAACUGAUUUCGAUGAGGGCAGGGGUGGGUUCGGCAAAAUUAUGUCUAACAAAAUGAGUGGUCAAACCUCUUGAGUUUGUCAUAAAAUACUUGUUUCUAAUUAUAUACUUUUCAUUUAAUACAUAUAUCAUUAUAUCUUUUUAAUACAAAUAAAAUUGAAAUAUUUAUU